CAGAAGCCUGAGCAGCCCCUCAAAGGAGAGAGGCGCUCAUAAAACCAGCUCGGACCAAAGCAGAACUCUGAUGCAGGCUGACUGUUAGCGCUUCGUCUGACAUUGAUGGUUCACGCCCCGUCAUGAAGACUGGAAAUACAAGUUUCUCAGCAGCAGUCACCUGCCUGUUGCUUGCGAGUCAAGUUCUACUGACAAAAGCAGCAGAGAACAUGAAGGGUAACGCAGCUGCUUCUGAGAGCCUCAUCCGUCAGUCCCAGUCUCUGUGUGCUGGUGAACAGGAGUAUGUCCACAAGAGGAAACAAGUGGUGCUGGAGUCACUCAGCAAACUGGGCGCCAACUGUACUGCAGAUUGUGUUCCCCACAUCGCUCUGCUGGCAUCAGGUGGGGGUCAGAGGGCAGCCGUGGGCCUGGUGGGCUCCCUCUAUCAGAUGGAGGAAGAGGGUCUGCUGGACACUCUGCUCUACCUGGGAGGAGUUUCUGGGUCAACAUGGUCCAUGGCCUCCCUGUACAGCGACCCACAGUGGAGCACUAACAUGGACGGAGCGGUGUCCAGGCUGUCAGGUCCAGGGGUCGAGCUGGAGCAGGCUCUGGCCUGGUUGGGCGAGAGGGCGAAGGAGGAGCACUUCUCCCUCAGUGAUGUCUGGGGGGUCAUGACCUCUGCUGGGAUCAUGAAACAGAUGGACCUACGGAAUCUGUCAGAUGAAGCCGGCAGAAAUGCCACCAACCCUUAUCCCAUCUACAGUGCCAUAGAGAAGUACUGCUUUUCAGAGGGGCCUAUAGAAGGGAAAUGGUUCGAGGUGAGCCCCCACGAGGCUGGUUUCACAGAGCUGGGUCUCUUCGUUGAAACUUCUCUGCUGGGCAGCAAACUCCAGGGUGGAGAGCUGCUGGAGCAGAAGCCAGAGAUGGACAUGGUCCAGCUACAAGGUGUUCUUGGUUGUGCGCUGGCUGAUGAGGAGUCGAUCACAGAGUUCAUCCCUCCCUGGCUGAAUGUGCCUGGGCUCAUGGACGGUGCUGCUAAAGAUUACCUGCGUGUAUACAAUGCCCUUGGUAAACUAGUAGGCCUGACCACAAGCACCAUUAAGGAUCCGACUGCUUUGUCUGAUCUGGACAAGCUGCAGAAAAUACUUGAAGACAAGGUAAAUCAUAAUGCGUCUGGACAGCUGGAGUCAAAGAGUUCGGACGAGAGAAAAAGUGUUUUUCAGCAGUUGAGCGUGGAGCUGCUGGUGGCGGUGCAGACCUGGAGCCAAAGUCUGGAGGACGGAGCCUUCAAAACACACGUCUCUCUGCUGACGGAGCAAGUCCUUCCCCUGAUUAUGAAGUGGGAGUGGGGAACUACAGCAAACUUCCUCUACCAGUACCAAGAUUCCACUGUUCCACCUUGCCUCCUCCUGAAAGAGAGAUUCCACCUGAUAGACGCCGGCCUGCUGAUUAAUGUGGCCUACCCUUCAUUUCUGGGAGACAAGAGAGACAUCGACCUUAUUAUCGCACCAGAGUACAGUGCUGGAAACAUAUUUGAGACCCUGACUCUUGCCAGAGACUACGCAGCCGAGUUGAAGAGGCCUUUCCCAGAGAUAGACGUCAAAAUCCUGGAGGAGCGAGACUGGCCGAAGGACUGCUACGUGUUCGAGGGAAAGGAGAAGGAGCCCACCAUCGUCUACAUGCCGCUUUUCAACAGACGCAACUGCAAAGAUGCGGAGGAGAUCAAAGCAAAGAUGGAGGAGUUCUCCACCUUCCAGCGUCCCUUCAGCCAGGAGAAGAUCAAGUUUGUGCUGGAGACGGCGAAAGCCAACGUGAAGAGCAACAAGGAAGCUCUGAUGAGGGAGAUUAACAAGGCGAUUCUCCGUCGACGCAGCAGGAGGUAGGGGACGUGCCAGAGCCCUUUGGCUUGUCUUUCGAGUUUGGUGUGAAGUGAAAUCUGUGGUUUCAUCAGGAAUAUGAAACAAAGAGUGUCAGGCCUGCUCACAGCAUAACAAAACCAACACAACAUCUAAUCAUAUCUGAUGGUGGAAGUGUGUUGACACUAUAAAUAAAUAUCAGUCAAAGUGUCACAGUACGUGUCUUCUUUUACUUUAAUUGAACUGUAUGUAUGCUAUAUUGUGAAAAGUAUGUGGAUGCCCCUUUCUUCAUGUUUUGGGUCAGAUCCCUUUGAUCCAAUGAAGGAAAAACUUUAACCCACCCAUUUGUUUUAUGCUGCUUAUCUGGGCCUGGUUGUGGUGGCAGCAGGCUAAGUAAGGUUGUCCAGUCAAAGUCUUCCAGGUCCUCCUGAGGCAUUCCCAAGCCAGCGUGUUCUGGGUAGUGGGGCGUCCUACCUGCAGGACGUGCCUGCUUAUGAACACAAAGUCCUCUUGAACACACUGUGCAUAGAUAUUCUAAAUGUCAGUAUGUCACUAUGUCACAGCUCAUCCUCCACACUGUGUCAUGCUCGGUCUAACUGCAUCAACCUGACGCAGGUUUUGGGUGAAGUAACGCAAAUCAAACGCUAGAGGUCGCACAACGUCCGCAGGAGGGACUUGCAGCGUCUUUAUGUAGGUCAAUACAACACAAGCAGGCACUCAUCAAGGCCAUCUGCAUACAACACCCUGCAUCCACAGUUGGCUGCUCUGUCACUGUGUCGUUAUAUUACUGCAGAUACAUUUAAAA